AUGGCGUCGUCGUUUCGUGUAAUCCAACACACCGUCAAGGGCUCCCACACGAGAGAAUAUAUUAGAGCGACAGCCAAUGGCGAUGCUGAAACGCCAAGAUUAUCGGUGAAGCAAUACAUUCCGCUGGACAACCCUACGCCAAAGCCCGGCGAUGUGACAAUCAUUGGUGCUCAUGCCAACGGCUUCCCAAAGGAGUUGUAUGAGCCCCUCUGGGAGGAGAUUUAUCAACGGGCCUCUCAAGCAGGCGUUCGCAUCCGGUCAAUAUGGAUAGCGGACAUGUGGAGUCAGGGUCAAUCAGGUGUCCUUAAUGAAAAAAUCCUUGGAAAUGACCCGAGUUGGACCGAUAAUGCGAGAGAUUUGAUGUAUCUCAUCAACCAAAAGCAAGAUUCUAUGCCUCAUCCCAUCGUUGGUAUAGGCCAUAGCAUGGGGGGUACUCAACUAGCACUCUUGUCUCUUGGACACCCACGCUUAUUGAGGUCCCUGGUUCUUAUCGAUCCUGUCAUACAAGUCCCAAAUAGCAGCAUUCCCCCCGCCAUGUCGUCUACUUCCCGUCAAGAUAUCUGGCCAUCAAAGGAAGCAGCUACAUCAAGGUUCAAAGGAAGCAAAUUCUUCCAGUCUUGGGAUCCGCGAGUUCUGGAUCGCUGGAUAGAGUACGGCCUCCGCCAGGCUCCCACAGAACUCUACCCUACCGAGCAUGCCGAAGCAGACAAACGCUUCACACUUACGACUUCAAAACAUCAGGAAUUGUUCGCUUUCCUCCGGCCCACAUACCCCAAGGUCCCGGGAGAGCAGUAUAUGGACAAAGACCCAAUUUCAGAUGAAGAGUACCCUGGAUACCCAUUCUACCGCCCUGAACCAGUUUAUGUCUUUCGUCGCUUGCUAGAAUUGCGUCCUAGCAUUCUGUAUAUCUUUGGAGAAAAGUCCAACAUUUCACUGCCAGAACAGCGACGGGCCAAAAUGGCACUAACGGGGACAGGAGUUGGAGGCAGCGGCGGUGCUGCUGCUGGCCGAGUUAAGCAGGUGACCUUUGACUGCGGUCAUCUGGUGCCGAUGGAGAAGGUUGUCGAGUGUGCAAUCUCUAUCACUGCGUUUCUGGGAGAAGAACUCGAACGAUGGCGACAGGAGAAGGCCGAAUUCGAUCAAUAUUGGAACAAGAAGUCAAGAACUGAGCAGAUAACAAUUGACAAGGAAUGGGCUCACAAAGUAGAUCCAAAAGCUAUACCUGCUGGCAAGGCAAAGCUUUGA